AAUUCACCUCCUACUGUUUCCCUCACUCGCACUGCUGCUUCUCUCGUGUUUCUCUUACGCACAGAUGCCAGGUUUCCUGAGUUUGGAUUGCGGAGGUAAAGAAAAUUUCACAGACGAACUUGGCCUGGAAUGGAUAUCUGAUGAUAAACUCACUUACGGAGAAACAAGCGCAGUACAAGUGCCAAGCGGGACAGGAAAGCAAUACGCGACGUUACGACACUUUCCCGCUGAUUCCAGGAAAUACUGCUACACGCUCAAUGUUGUCAGGAGGACAAGAUACCUACUGAGGGCAUCAUUCUUGUAUGGGAAUUUUGAUAACAACAACGUUUAUCCAGUAUUUGACAUUUACUUCGGGGCUACUUAUUGGUCUACUGUCGUUAUAUCUGAUGAUAGUACUAUAGAAACGCGAGAGCUUAUAUUUCUAGCUACAACAUCUACUGUCAGUGUAUGUUUAUCAAACGCAACCACAGGACAGCCAUUCAUAUCUACGCUUGAACUCCGGCAAUUCAAUGGUUCAAUUUAUAAUACAGAGCAUGAGGAACAGUUUUACCUUAGUGUAUCUAGUAGAAUAAAUUUUGGAGCGGGGAGCGAUGCUCCAAUCAGGUAUCCUGAUGACUCUUUUGAUAGAAUUUGGGACUCAGAUUCUAUCAAAAGAGAAGAUUAUCUAGUUGAUGUUUCGGAUGGAACAGUGAAAGUUUCUACCAGAAUGCCAAUUCACAUUGAUGGAGAUGAAAUGCCACCAACUAAAGUGAUGCAGACAGCUGUAGCGGGUGCAAAUGGAUCUCUAUCCUACCAGUUGAACUUGGAAGGGUUCCCUGGAUUUGGUUGGGCAUGCAUGUAUUUUGCAGAGAUUGAAAAUUUGGCUUCAAAUGAAUCCAGAAAAUUCACUGUAGCUUUCCCAGACCAUCCUGAAGUCAUUGCAGCUAUUGUCAAUAUUGAAGAAAAUGCUCACGGCAGAUAUCAUCUUUAUGAACUGGGAUUUGCCAAUUUAUCCUUACCGCUUGUGUUAUCUUUUAGAUUAGACAAGACCUCUGAUUCUUCCAGGGGCCCUCUCCUGAAUGCUAUGGAGAUCAAUAAGUAUCUGAAGAAAAAUGAUGGCUCUCUAGAUGGAGAAGUUAUUUCCGGUUUGCUGUCACACUAUUCUUCAGCAGAUUGGGCACAAGAAGGAGGUGACCCAUGUUUGCCAGUUCCAUGGUCAUGGGUCCGCUGUAGCUCAGAUCCCAAUCCAAGAAUAAUUUCAAUUUUGCUGUCUAAUAAAAACCUGUCUGGGAAUAUUCCUUCUGAGAUCAACAAAUUGACUGGUUUGGUUGAAAUAUGGCUUGGUGGAAAUAAGUUAACUGGCCCAAUUCCUGAGUUUACUGGAUGCAUGGACUUGAAGAUCAUUCAUCUAGAGAACAAUCAAUUGACGGGUGGUCUCCCUUCCUCUCUAGUUAGCCUACCAAAUUUGAGGGAACUGUAUGUGCAAAAUAAUAUGUUAUCUGGGACAGUGCCAGCCGGUCUUUCGAGCAGAGAUAUCAUUUUGAACUCCUCCGGGAACAUCAAUCUUCAUAAAGAAAGCAGAAAGAAGACCCACUUGUCCGCUAUUAUUGGUUCAUCUGUUGGGGCUGGAAUUCUAGUUGUAGUUGCCGUUGUAGGGGGCCUGUUUGGAAUCUUCAAAGGAACCAGGGGAAAUAAUACGCGAGGUAGAAAUCGGCGUAAUUUAUGCAUGUUUCCACUCUUGACAGAUAUUAAUGGUACUCAAGUGAUUCCCGCCGCCGGAGAAGGUGCUCAUCGCUUUGGCCGUUGUGAACUUGAAAUUGCCACAAAAAACUUUAGGAGCAGAAUUGGUUCUGGAGGCCGUGGAGACGUAUUCUCGGGAAAACUGCAUGAUGGAACUGAGAUUGCAGUUAAAGUUCUAGCCAAUAAUCCGGUUCAAGGAGAACGAGAGUUCCUCAGUGAGGUAGCCGUUCUUUCAGGGAUACGUCACUCAAACUUGGUACGGCUUCUUGGGUAUUGCCUUGAAGGAGGAGAUAGAAUGCUUGUUUACGAGUUAAUGCAAAAUGGAAGUCUGAGGGAACUACUUGAUGAUGCGGGUCCAUUACAACUUCGACGGAGUCUCAAUUGGUGCAGGCGUCUUCGGAUCGCAGAAGAUGCUGCCAAAGGGAUUGAGUAUAUUCACACAGGCCGUGCUCCUGUAGUUGUCCAUGGAGACGUGAAAAGCGCUAAUAUUCUUCUUGACAACUGCAUGAGAGCUAAGGUUUCAGGUGUUGUCCUUUCGAAACUUAGAUCUGGUGGCACAGUAGAAGAUACAGAUCCUGAGUUCAGUACGCCGCAUGAAGAUGUUUAUGGUUUUGGAGUAAUUCUUCUGGAACUGAUAUCGGGUCAAGGAGCAGGCACUGGUGAUGGGCGUCAAAACACAGUCGUGGACUGGGCGAAAUCGCGCAUUGGGACGCGAAGCAUACAGGCUAUUAUGGAUCCGUCACUAGGGGACCAUUGCGACUUGAAAUCCGUAGAGAGAAUAGCAGUGGUGGCGAUGAAGUGCGUGAAACCUCACGUGGUCGAGAGGCCAUCUAUUCCAACAGUUUUGAAGGAGAUCCAACACGCAGUCUCUGUUGAGGAAAAUAGGGCAAAGAGAAAAUCCUGGGCUUUCGCUCGACGGACAUCAUUGUAAAGCCAGCACCCACUCCAGCACCUUGCAAAGAAAGCACGCUAUCUUCUUCCUGCGAAUGACAUGUACCUUUCAACCAGUAGUACCUAACAUGUCUGUAUCGGCCCUCCCAGCACUCACCAGAUUAAAGAAUAUACAAAUUCAAUAAAUGUCUCCUUUCGUCCUUA